GGGCCCGGGCGCAGCGGGGCGGAGCGGCCGCGGCCCCCGCGCAGCUCCUGCGGUGCCACCGGGCCAUGGAGGGGUUCGUGGACUUCACCAACCGCUGCCAGGGCCGCGACCAGCUCUUCCGAGCCACUCAGUACACAUGCAUGUUGCUUAGCUAUUUAAUAAAGAAUAAGGCCGAUAAAAAGAAGCUGGUAAUGAAACUCAAGCAGUUGGAAUCUAGCAUGAGCUCUGGCCGGAAAAUGUUCAGACUGGGCAACAUGGUGCACGCCUUGGUGGCAGCCAGGAAAACUGCAGAGCUGCCAGAUGUGGUUCCUCGUUUCUGCCUCACAGCCUCCAACCUGACCCGUGCCCUGUACUUCGUGUGCGACGCCGUGCUCUGGGUGAGGAGCGUCGGGCUCCAGCCUGACAUCGACAAGCCCAAGUGGAGCAAUUGGGCCACCAAGUGCUACUACUACUCAGUCCUGUUGAAUCUAGCCAGAGACUGCUAUGAGAUCUCCCAGAGGCUGGAACAAGCUGCACAGGAAGAAAAGGCAAAGGAGAAUUCCUGCUGGGACAAACACAACGGGGAGCUAAACUGUGUGAAAUGUGAUGGUUCACGCGGUUUUCUCCUCCUGCUCUUUCAGAUCCUGAAAAGAAAUCCUCCUUUGCUGCUGGACUUGGUGAAGAACCUCUGUGAUCUCUCAGGCCCUUUGAAUACACUGGGAAUCUACAAGACCAACCCUGGAGUGAUUGGUUUCUGCGGUGUCCUCUCCUCCCUGGUGGGGAUCCUCACAUUAGCAAGCCCACAUCUGAAGCUUAAACAGUGACAUAAAAGGAGCUGCAUACUAUGAGGCUGCAGCUUUGAUCCUCUGAUAGAUUUUUAUCUUCAUAUGGCACUUUCAAAUGAACCUGUCUUACAAUAACCUCAAGAUUAAUUCUGUCCUUUGAAUAAGUGAAUUCUACCCUUCUUCCUUCCCUGUGCCUUUGCAGAUGAGUUUGGUGCCAUUACACACCCCCUAAUGGAGUGGAGAUAGGAAAAGGCAGAGUAAUAUUUCACCAGCAGAAACAAGACUUGGAACAUGGCUGCUAGAUAAGAAAAUAUUCCUUUAUUUUAAUACAGGGUUGUGAAAUAGCUGCAUAGGCAACUGUCAUAGGUAAAUGACUGAUGACUAAUCAUGUUUACACUGGAAAGCUGCAAUUCACUAAUUCAAGAUUCCUACAGUCAGAUUGUCUGUACUGGGCUCAGGCAAGUUAGGAGCUGCUGUUAAAAUGGCCUGAAGUCAAGGAUGAGUGUUUUGAUGGUUUGAGUUGAUGGAUCCUGUUUCCUGCAGGCAGUGGUCUGGGUGCAGUGUGAUGGUAACUGAAGGGUGGUAUGAUCUGACCUUCGAUGAUCUCUGUGGUGUGCACUGGUGGUGCUGGAGCUGUAGUCUAGUGAGUGCCAACUUGUGUCCCAAGAAAUCAGCACUUUCUUCUUUUCCUUUGAUACUGUGAGCCAAGGACCGUUGGCCAGUGACUCUGACUCCUCCAGCAGGCCAUGGCUGAGGGUUUUGGUGGAGGACAGUGUGUGGAGAAGCUCAUUUGAUUGUUGGUGAUGCCAUGAUUUGUAGGGAACUGGGUUUCCAAAACUGUGAAUCUGAAACCACUCACGAACACUAAACCUCCCAUUACACAAGCACCUGAACUUCCAAACCACUGUGACUGCAAGUGCAACAAUUUUCCAUUAAUUGUGUUGUGAUAAGGAGCUUAUUUUGCAGUUUUAAUUUUACAUGAAAAAUUCCAGUAUAAUAAGGAGCUUGGAACCUGCAGUUAAGGAGAGAAGCCUGGCUCAGAGCUAGUUGAGUCAGACAGACUGCAAGGGUGUGUUUCUAACUGUGUAAGCUCCCAGAGGGAAGCUAGUCAUGAUAAUAUCUGAAUCCCCUGUGAGAAGAAAAGCUUCUUACUGAAUUUGGGCAUUUAUGGUUUAGAUUUUCCUAUCUGGUCCUCCCUAUCCUCCCUGUUCAUGACCACAAGAUUUCUUGUGUGUUCCCUUGCUGGCUGAAUGGGUUUUACCAUUUGAAAAUGCCUCAUAUUUGCCCUGCAAGUGCAUUAUUGUUCAUCACUGACCUCACUGGGAAUGAUGCCUGGCAGUAUAAUUAGGUUAAAAGAGAAAUGCUGUGUCCAGCUGUCUAACAUGGCAUACAGUCUUUGCUGCUCCUGACUUUGCAGAGUACCAGUUUGGACACCAUCUGAGAAAAAAUGCACAUUACAUAGGAGAUAAAAUUAACAUUUUUCUUCAUCAGAGUAAGGCCUGUGUGUUCUGCUACUUUCUGGUGUAAGAACUCCUUGUUUAAUCUAUCAGGAGAUGUGACAGACACUCUUACCUGGACCAAAGUGUUCUCUUAUUAUUUCUGAUGCUAUCUGAAAACAGAAAUUAAAAGAUGCUGGUCUCUUUUAUUAAAAGGCAAAGGUUAUGGAAUUAAGUAGGCAGGUAAGGCAGUGCCCCAGUUUACCUUAAGUCAUUGUGGCUGGGCUUGGAAUUACUUCCAGUUUGAAUAUGAAGUGUUAGCCUGCCAGUGAAGUGUUUGAAAAGAAAGAGGUUGCUGGGCAGGAUAAUUAAGUGUUCUUGAAGACCAGAUGUGGCCUGCAGCAGCUCUUCUUUUUAAUAUGGAAAUGAAUAGCAUUCAAAGUAGAGCAUAUUGGCAGUUCAGACCACAAUGGAGCAUUGUGCAUGGGAUAUAUUGUAUUCAAGGGCUUCCUCUCCUUUAUAACAAUGGAUUUUUUUUGUUUCAUUCUCCGUUUGCCUUUGAUCUCCUGGCAAUAUGGAACCCAUCCCUGCCUUGGUCAGAUUUGAUCAUUGUCCCAGUGUGUAGCAACUCCUGGAAGGAAGGGAGAGCAGUCUUGAUUAUCUGACAGUGGAGGUUUGGCCACCUUUUGUCUACAAAAUUCCAUCUUGCAAAAAAAAAGUGUUCUCAAUCCCACCCAGGGGAGCUCUCGGAUGCAAAAUACUUCACGAAAUACUUGUGUGUGAACUGCUUUCUCUUUCUCUCUUUUACUUUGCAGGGAAAGGGAAAAGCAUUGAUAUAGUGAUGUAGCCCCUGUGCCCUGCAGAGAAGGGUGGGUUUUUCCCUGUGCAGGCAAACACUGUGCAAAGCCAUAAGCCAGGCUUUGAUGUUUCUCCUGUAGGUACUGGCAUGGAUUAGCAAGGACAGCCUUAAUGUGGGAGAUGGGGAGGUGAGCUUUCAGCCUGUCUGAGCCUUACCUGUCCCAUUCUACAUGAUGCAGGCUGGAACAUACAGGAGUAGCUCUGUUUACUGGAUGUUAAGCACUAAUAUUUGCCUUCUGCUCCCCUGCUGGAGGCUGGUGAUUUAAGGUACCUUAAUGUAAUGUGACUGAAGCCAUAGAAUCAUGAUCAUAUGGAGAAAAUCCUUUUAGUGCCUUUUUUUGUAUCUGUUUCUAGUACAGCAGUUGAAAUAAGGACAAGAUGUUUGAACACAAGCAAUAAACUGCAAUGAGUGUUGAGA